AGCAGGAAAUGUCCGGGGCACCGCGUGGCUCCUCUGUCAGAUGUAAACAAAGCUGCAGUCUGUCACAGUACGGCUAAAAUACAAAGCACCAAGACCAAAUUAUUGUAACAUUUAGGUGAUUUUUCAUCCCCCGAACAUCAGAAAAACGGACCACUCUGUCCCUCGAAUUCCAGAAAAGAAAAGUGAGAAAAUGAAGUUUCUGGACCUUUUUGGGCGCCUAAAAUCCGUCGUGAUCGGAAUGAUUCACGUUAAAGCUUUACCAGGUACCCCUUUGGGUUGUUUGAAAAUGUCCCAAAUCGCUGAAGAGGCAUGCUGUGAGGCAGCAGUGUAUCGCGAUGCAGGAGUUGAUGGUUUGAUCAUUGAAAACAUGCAUGAUGUACCUUACUCAUUCUGCGUGGGUCCGGAGGUGUGUGCCUGUAUGACUGCAGUCUGCACUGCUGUGAGAGGUGUCUGUCCAUCUCUGCCACUUGGUGUCCAAAUACUGGCUUCUGCCAACCAGCAGGCCCUCGCUGUAGCUCUGGCUUCAGGGCUGAAUUUCAUCAGAGCAGAGGGUUUCGUCUUUUCUCAUGUGGCGGAUGAGGGCCUCCUGAACGCCUGUGCCGGAGACUUACUGAGAUAUCGCAAGCAUAUUGGAGCUGACCAUGUCCAGAUCUUUACUGACAUCAAAAAGAAGCACAGUUCCCAUGCCCUGACUUCAGACGUGACCAUCGAAGAGACGGCUCGUGCUGCUGAGUUCUUCCUCUCUGACGGACUCAUCAUCACAGGAGUAGCCACUGGAGAGCAGGCAGACCCACACGAGCUCAGAGUGGUGUCCGAGACUGUGAAAAUCCCAGUGCUGAUUGGUUCUGGAGUGACAUACGACAACGUGGAACGCUACCUCAGUGCAAACGGAAUGAUCAUUGGCUCUCAUUUUAAGUUCGGUGGCCACUGGGCCAACACAGUUGACCCAGACAGAGUGAGAAGGUUUAUGGAGAAGAUAGAAAAGCUUCGAGAAUAAAAGGAAGGGCUGAA